AUGGCUCGAACUGCGCUUUUCGCGCUCUCCCUAGCCCUGCUGCUGGUGGCGGCGCGCGCCGGCAGCCCCAUCACAAGCUCGUCGGCGAACGAGAAGCCCGACCAGAGCAGCAAGAAGGUCGACGGGCUCAUGACGGAACUCCCCGCAGACAUUGCGAAGCAGGCGGCGUCGGGCAACGCGGCGGGACUGACCUACGUGGACACGGCGCAGGACUCUUUUUUCAUGGCUGAUGUGAAGAAGGCCGGGUGGAACGCGCAGAAAUGCCCGCCGGGUUUGAACAAGGAGCUGGCGGGCGCGUGCACGCCCAAGAAUUGCUCCAAGGGCGGCAUUGCCGCCAAGUGGAAGACGGCGUACCUGCAGAAGAACAAGCUCGGUUACGAGCUGUACGUGCCGGGUAACCCGCUCACGCUGCUCAAGGCGAACCCCGCGUCGUGCUGCAACACGUGCGCCGCGACGCCGCUGUGCACGUACUGGCAGUACAUUCCCGAUAUCACGAUCGACGGGAAGAAGGGCAAGGGUGCGUGCUACCUGAUCCACGACCAGAUCGACUUCACUUGCGGAGAGAUGACCGCGCAGUACUCGACGGAGACGAAGCCCGUGCCGCUUCAGGUGCGCAUCGGCGGCGAGUGCAACCCGAGCGCCAAGAUUCUCAACGACCCGCAUCUGGUGGGCGCGCACGGCACUCACUUCGACUUCAACGGCCGCCCCGACAAGGCCUUCUGCCUGCUCACGGACCGCGACCUGCACGUGAACAUGCUGCUGCGCGGGUACUACGACGAGCGCACCGACAACGCGGCACUCGUCGUCGACGGCAAGGCCGUGCACACGUGGAUUAAGGAGCUCGGUAUGAUCUGGACCGCCAAGGGCGUCGACCACAAGGUUCGCAUCGCGGCGCGCGGCGGCAAGCAGCAGGAGCGCGGCGACGGGUUCGUGAAGAGCAUCGAGAUUGACGGCGAGGCGAUCCCGCGCAUGCAGGUGGGCGACAGCGUGACGAGCGACGGCGGGCUGACGAUCCAGUUCCGCGCGCUGGAGAAGGAGGGGCCGUUCGAUGUGGAUUACUACCUUCUGACGAUCGACGGCUUGAUUUCUCUUGACCUCCGCCUGCGUGUGGCGCACCCGAAGCUGCAGACGCCGAGCGACGCCGAGGCGCACAUCAACGUGGGGAUUGCUGAGCUGGAGCACACCGACGCGAUUCACGGCGUGCUCGGCCAGACGUACCGCGACGACCACUCGCAGCGCGCCACGGACUUCCAGAAGCUGAUCGCGAGCCUGCACCGUCCGAUCUCCGCCGACGGCGCUGAGGGGCAAGGCUUCCUCGAUGGCACGCCGCGGUCGUACGAGGCGAGCGAUGUGCUUGCUGUGGACUGCGCUUAUACCGCGUAUGGGCGCGCCAGACAAGUGAUGCCCGUGCAAGAGUUCCCCUCUCAUCAUCGCACCAUGCCGCGUGUGACGAAGAAGACUGUCAAGCCGGUAACCAAGUCUGCGGUUUCUGAAGUGAUGGAUCUGGCAGCUAAGGGACAUCAGUCAGAGCCGGCUACGCCGAAGCCGCAGUUGAAGGAUGUAGAAGGUCCUUUUGACGGUGGUGUGCGCGCAUCGCUGGCGAAGAGGCUGUCGGCACUUAAGUUUCCUUCUUCGGAUGCGCCUGUUGGAGAUGGGGACAACAACGCUAACGAAGGACAAGGAAAAGAGGAAGAGGUGAAUUCGCCGACCGCUGCUCCUGAUGCACCUGAGGAGGGAGGUGAAGACGAGGAAGAAGAGGAUGACGGGUAUCUCAGUGAUGAUCCUGAGGAGCGUUUUGACCCGGUGAAAGCUGGAGAAAUUGCUGCGCGCGCGGGUUUCUCCAUCACGCUGCUGGUUCCGAUCAAGUACGAGGAGGAGGUUCCCCGUACUAUCGACACGGUUAAGGGACUCCUUGCGUUGUGGAGGAAGUUUAUGUCGGCUCACGUACCGACGACGACAAGGUGCCAAGUCCUCUUGCCGGCGUGGCUGUCAAAGAAGCGGUAUGGGAGGAUGCAAGUCACUUUCCAGCAAGCAUCGGACGCGAACUACGUGUGGUGUCGUCAGAUCCAGCACAAGAUGUUGAAUGAGGAGAGCAUUUACCUGGACUGGCAGCACCCGGAAAACCCGGUCUACAUUCAGGAGCGAGCGACUAACCCGGACUCCAUCGAGGUGCUGCUGAAGAGUGUCCCGGCGGCUAUUACGUCGGAAAUGGUGUAUGAAUACCUGGUGAAGACGGUGUUGGAGAAGCGGGGUCGGACGCCGUUCCUCAGUGGGGCUGCCUUCCACAGGGUGGUGGAUCCGGUUACCGGCGCAGACACUGACAAGAUUCGGGGUCUGGUUAAGGGACACCCGGGGGAUAAGUAUCGCUGGUGGCAUUUGUUGGUCGACUCAGAGGCGUGCGGCAAGGCGCACGGAUCCAGUUUUACGCAGGCGCUAGCGCAUGUGAAGUCGGUGCAGCACUGUACAGCUAUCCUGCAGGGGGACGCAGCAAGCAGGAAGAGCAGGGGGAAAAUGAAUUUUUUUCCGAUUCGCAAGGAGUUUGGGCUGUAA